GUGUUGUCUUCGGUCACUUCCUCGACUACAGUCCCCACUUCCUGGAUACGCUUUCAGAAAGAACACCCAGGUUUUGACAUCGUAAUCCUACACAGAGUUUCUUCUAACCUGUAGCGUGUAAACACACUCAAACCAAGACGCGGUUUUCAACGACAUAUGACCGUUCUGUGUGAGGAAACUACCGAUGAUAACGUAAACAGGCCAGCGAGGCGGAGGCGCUGAAGUCGAGGAGAAAGAGCGCCACGUCAUUGAUCGGCGGAGGAGUCAGAAAAACACACCCGGAAUAUAGUCCCCCAGUCCCCUCCGCCCCGAGGCAGGCACACGGUCAAACUGCACCGUGCACCUUCAAUGAGCUGCUGUCGACGUGUCGUUUGACAUUUUUCUUAUCGAAGGGGGUUUCCUGUCAACAAGGGGGCUCAAAAUGACGGCGUCCAACUGGGGUCUUAUCAUGAACGUGGUGAACAGCAUCGUCGGAGUGAGCGUGCUCACCAUGCCCUUCUGCUUCAAACAGUGCGGGAUUGUGCUAGGAACUCUCCUGUUGUUCUUCUGCUCGUGGAUGACUCAUAAGUCCUGCAUGUUUCUGGUGCACACAGCAAGCAACACCAAAAGGAGGACCUAUGCAGGGUUGGCCUUCCAUGCUUACGGGAAACCAGGAAAAACACUUGUGGAGACGAGUAUGAUCGGUUUGAUGUUGGGGACCUGUAUCGCGUUCUACGUUGUUAUAGCUGAUCUGGGCUCAAAUUUCUUCGCUCAGCUGUUAGGUUUACAGGUGACCUUCGGUUUUCGCGUGCUGCUGCUCAUCGCCGUGUCUCUGUUCAUCGUCCUCCCUCUGAGUCUGCAGCGGAACAUGAUGUCCUCCAUCCAGUCCUUCUCCGCGAUGGCUCUCAUGUUCUACACUCUCUUCAUGUUCACGAUGGUGCUGUCCUCGUUCAAACACGGGCUGCUCAGCGGCUGGUGGCUAGAGCAGGUCAAUGUGGUGCGCUGGGAGGGUGUGUUUCGCUGUCUCCCCAUCUGUGGCAUGGCCUUCGCCUGUCAGUCACAGGUGCUGCCGACCUACGACAGCCUGGACGAGCCUUCCGUCAAGCGCAUGAGCACCAUCUUUACCUCGGCCCUCAACGUAGUCACCAUCUUCUACAUCACUGUCGGUUUCUUUGGGUACGUCAGCUUCACGGAGAACAUCGCUGGCAACGUGCUGAUGAACUUCCCAUCCAACCUUGUGACGGAGAUGAUCCGCGUUGGCUUCAUGAUGUCCGUCGCUGUCGGAUUCCCCAUGAUGAUCCUGCCCUGCCGUCAGGCCAUUAACACCAUGCUUUUUGAGCAGCAGCAGAAGGAUGGGACGUUUGCUGCCGGGGGAUACAUGCCUCCUCUGCGCUUCAAAGCGAUCACCCUCUGCAUUGUGUUCGGCACCAUGCUGGGAGGCAUUCUUAUCCCAAACGUGGAAACUAUUCUGGGUCUGACUGGUGCCACCAUGGGCAGCCUCAUCUGCUUCAUAUGCCCAGCUCUCAUAUACAGAAAGAUCCAGAAGAAUGGCAUCAUUGCUCAGCUCGUGCUUUUGGUUGGUCUGGGCAUCCUGCUGGUCAGCACCUUUACCACCCUGUCAAUUUCGGCCCGUAGUCCCGGCACCAGGGUCCAAGCUCCUCCUCCACCAGCACCCGACAAGAACAACCUGCUGCUACCGGACCUCCCUGAACUGCACGACAACCCUGUAAACAAGAAGCCAGUGGAGAUUGAAGAGCCUGACCUUCCAGCUGUGAAGGAGGUACAACCUGUUGACAGGGUCGAGCCCCCCCAGAUUAAAGGACCAGAGGAACUACCCAAGAAGAGGAAGGAGGAAGAGGUGCAGCUGGACCGCCCCGAUGCUGGUGUUGCGGUGCCAGAGGCGGAGGCCCAUCGCCAUGAACCACCUAUCCCUCAUGACGAGGUCAUGGUAGACCAAAGAAAGAACAACGAAGAACUGAAGGAGGACAAGGAUCAAGCUCCUGCUGCAGGAGGAGAGGAAAAACCCAAAAGAGAUGACAACCAAGGGCAGGCUGUGGAGGUGAACCAAAAAGACAGCAAUGCUGAAGAGAAACCAAAGCCCGCUGAGGCCGUUGUGAAGAAAGAGGAAGUAGAUUUGGGUGGAGGUGAAGUCCUGUCCAAUGAGGUGCUGGAGAAGCCAGUUGGAGACGCAGGCAAAAAGCAGGAGGCCAACAAGCUUGAUCCUGGUAAAGAACCUCUCGCAGGGAAUGGAGCUGUGGUGGAAAAUCAGGCUGCGGCGGGAAAAGAUGAUAAUGUGGUUAAAGCUCCGGAGGCUGCAGGGAAAGCUCCCGUUCCAGACGGAGAGCAUCAUCCUGCUGCAGACGAGGCGCCAGCAGCGGACGGCAAAGACACAGCAGAUGAGAAGUUGGAUGUGAUAAAAAAGCUGGUUGCAGAGGGCCAGCUCGACCACGCCGUGCUGCUGCAGGUGAUCAAGGAGCAGCAGCAGCAGCAGAAGAGACUUCUCGACCAGCAAGAGAAACUGCUGGCUGUCAUAGAGGAGCAACACAAAGAAAUCCACCAGAAACAACCUGCAGGAGCUGCUGGUGAAGGCGAGGCAGAGAAAGGCCUCCAGGAACACUUGGAGGUGAUGGAAGGUGGAGCAGCAGAGGCCAAAGAUUCAGUAGUGGCCUCAGACCCGAAGCAACCUAAGGAGGUAGCCGGAGGUGUCGAGCCUCAGGCCCAGAAGGAAGCUCAGAUUGUGGAUAAGGGUGAUGAGGUCGCGGCUCCUAAAGCACCUUACAAGGAGGACAGCCAUGUUGAGGCUGGAGGAGAAUCCCACAAGCACAGUCAGCUGGGGGCGAGGGGAGUGCCGCUGGGAAAGAAAGAGCCUGAUGAUCAUGCGGAGGUACCGCCGAAUAAUCAGGCUGCUCAACUUAAAGAUGAAGAAAGGAGCCUGGAUAAAGAAAAGGAGAAAAUUGAUGAUCUUAAAAAUGAACAGAUAGAGAAAGUGGUUCAGGCAAGGCUGGAAAAAGAACAGCUUGAGAAGGAGAUAAAGGAGAAGAUGGCCAGAGAGCAGGAGUUAGAAAAAAUAGAGAAAGAAAGGAUAGACAAAGAAGUGCAGGUGAGGUUAGAGAAAGAACGACAGGAGAAGGAGCAACAGGAAAAGCUGGCCAGAGAACAGGAGUUAGAAAGAGUAGAGAGAGAAAGGAUAGAGAAAGAAGUGCAGGCAAGGUUAGAAAAAGAGCGGCUGGAGAGGGAGAAAAGAGAGAAGCAGGAGCUGGAGAAGGAGAGGAUAGAGAAAGAAGUGCAGGCACGAGUGGAGAAGGAGCGGCUGGAAAGGGAGAAACGAGAGAAGCAGGAGCUGGAGAAAGAGAGAUCACUGAAAGAGAAACUUGCACAGGGGAAAGCUGCCGAGGAGAGACAUCAGCAGGAGAUCCAGAGAGCAGACAAUGAAAUCCUUGAGAGAGCGAGGAAAGAGAAAAAUGCGGAGGAGGCUCGAGAGAGGCUGGCCCAGCUGGAGCGAGCUGUGGAAGCCAAAAAAGUUGCACAGGGGGCUGAGAGAGAAGACGGCGAAGCUUUGAAGAAUGGAGGACGAGACCUCAAAGAGAAAGCUGCCGCUCAGGCGGACCCCGGAGAAGAUGUGGAAGACAGGGCCGUCAAAGUCGGGGCUCACCCCCAGGGCUCCCACGAGAAGGCCAGGGACCAGGGAGAGAUGGAUCUAAGGAGGAAGCGCAGGGCACUGGGACCCGGAGAGACCAGAGAGGCUGGAGGGCCUCCAAAGGAGACCAGGGCCAUGCCGGGGCUGGAGCCCCUGCUGGAGCUGGGGGGCUCAGACCUGCACGCGGCCCUGGAGGAGCAGCUACUGGCUGGGGCCAUGGUGCACUCACGGCAGAUUAAGCAGGCUUCAGAGGACAAGGGAGCAAAAUAACACACAUCAGACACACACAUACACACACACAGUACACCUGCAGAAAACUUCUCAUACUGUGGACCGUGAAAAUGCUGCCUUAUAUUCUUUCUUGCCUUCAAAAAAUGUUAUGGACAAAGAGGAACAUCUCUCUCUAUUGAUACUGUGUACUCUGAAUAACCCAAAGUCUAUUAAAGAGCAAAGUGUUUGUAAAUAUUAACUUAUUUUUGUCAGUCGGAGGGAGAAUUUGAAGAGGUAACUAUUGAAAUGUAUAUGCAAAUACCAAAUUCUAUGGAGCGAAUAUAUUAACGUUUGUAUUUGAAUCACCUUGAUUCCUUGUUCUUCACCAGCUUCGCAGAGUCUGCUUCUCAGUAGGAUCUGUGCGUUAUUGUCUCCUGUGCUGAUUUUGUAUUAAAAAGGAAGGAAGAAUAUAUAUAUUCUGCUUCUUACCUGUUGUGCUAUUUAUCCAUCUAGUUUGUUUCAGUGUGAGUUGUCAGAAUUUGGACAUAUCGUCAGUCAGGAUAUCUGCCUUUUAAACAGCAUAAGUAGCACAACAGGUAAGAGGUAGAAUACAGUUUGUAUUGCUGAUUUUGGGGUGAACUGUCCCUUUAAGGCAUUGGUCAACUUGUGCUUAUCUGUUACUUUGAGAUGUAAAUAUUGUAAGUGUUCUGUGAUCAUGUUUAAGGUUUCUUUGAACCAACAUUAACCACAUACUGGAUGUAACGUGUGUUCACUUUCAAAUGGAAUUGAAUGAAUACAACCUCCAUGCUGGAGCUAUGAGGUAUAUAGUGUAGCCUUACUGUUUAUAAACUGUGGACAAUGGAGCAGCUCGAUCCAUCUGGGUCCAUAACAUUCCAUCUUCAAUAUCUCUUCCUUGUUAGAUUAUCAGUGCCUUCCUAGCCAAAUGCUGCAGCAACGAUAAUUUAUCAAAACAAAAAUAUGUUUGUGGUGUUGUUCCUCGGGAUCUCUUACUGUAAACAGUACAGUAAUUAUAAGAAAAUUAGAUAUGAACAUGCCUGUUUCUGUUUCUACAAAAGAAAAUAUGGUUGUUGUGUUUCUUAGUAAUCAGACUUCUCUGAAUUUACUUUUUCCAUUGGCACUUCAACACAUGCUGGACCUUUGCUUUGUACAAGAGGCUAUUUUUAUUAUGGAUAUUUUUCUAUGUGCAUUGUAUUUCUGUACAUUUUGCUGAGAAAAAUAAAUACAAAACAUCUCUGACA